AUGGACCCGCGUCACGGCAAUUCCCUCUCGCCCGCCUGGCCUUUACCGGAUGCGUUUCCCUCGACUGGUUACAACUUCACGGUGCCUGCGUCUCAGCCUCUGGAGCUCGCCGGCCUUAAUCCUUACGCUCUUCCACAUGCAAAUCAACAAGUCCAUUCGAUUGAGCCGAACGUCAGGGAUGCGGUCCACCUUCUGGCCACCUUCGGCCUUAGUCAGAGGCAGAUCCGCAAACUUCGGAAACCACAGUAUCGUACCGCGCUUUCCUGCCUUGCGCAGAUAGGCGAGGAUGACAUUGACAUGGCCUAUAUCGCGAUUUUUUCAGAGCGGAUGAGACCGACAUCGGAUCCGGUGUCCGCUCACCAUCUCUCUGCCGUGCCCAGCCUCGUUUCAGACCAAACCAGUCUCAGGGCGUCUAUGGCUACGGAUUUCAGCAUCCCCAUGUCCGAUAGUAGUGCCCAUGGAUCUGGACAUGUCCCGAAUCUGACCUAUGGAACGGCCCAGUUUGGAGCAAUCCCGGACGAAGCGAACAUGGCCACGACAAAAAGCCUCCAUGAUAGUCAAACACCCUUCUUCGGUGUCUCUGACCACGACAAGAUGGAGUACGAACCGGCUCCUCAGCAUUUGGAUCCUGUAACAAUACCUCGACAACAACCGCGCCCUCAGGUCCUUUCGCCUAGACCAGAUACUGCGGUGACACCAUCUUCCGCGGCCGGAGAACGGAAUCGCUCGAAACUUGAUCCUGCGAAUCACUCAUUCUUCAUUUCCAGCCACGACCGUCAACGCAAUCGGCCUCCCCAACCCAGGUUUCCGUGUCCCGAACGUGGCUGUCGCAAAGAUUUCUCCUCUACCAGGGAGUUUGCGAAGCAUCUCUGCGGAGACCACGACAAGAAUGUCAUUUUCCACUGCUUGCAUUGUCAACACGUUACUUUCCAGACAGGCCGUGCUGAAAUGUGGACGAGACAUCAUAAACUGCGACACGCUUCAUGUUUAACAGAGGGCAGAUGCGUCCAAGAGACGCGUGGGCCAGAGAGGAAAUAUUGGGGCUGCGGGCUGUGCCUGGAGGUUUUUACCGACGCAAAAUCGUACGCUUCUCAUUAUGCCGACCACUUCAAGAACAACAGGUCUCUAGAACAGAGCGACGUUAGCUCGUCCACCACGAUUCAGAGCUUGCUCAUGCAGGACGCCACCCACGAGAGGUGGCAGAAUCGCAAUGCCAGGAGUGUUGGCUAUGACGGCUUGACGUAUCAUCGUUCAUGGGACCGCGUUGACAUGUCAGACAUCAGAGACGCUCUGGAGUACGGCAGUUUCGAAGGAGCCAGCAUUUCCGAACCAGAUGUUGCUGAACGCCUUCUUGACGAGAUCGAAAAACGGGCAAUAAUGCAGCCGAGUGGCACGCAUCAUCCUUAUCCCGUCAUUGAGAUGUCCAAUGCCUCUCUGGGAGGUGCCGGGCUUCUGCCAACCACGCGACUUUACGAGUGA